UAUCACGUUUUCUGGCAAGGAAACCUUCCCACACAAAGGAAAGACAGACCAGGCAACCACUCUAUGAUUGCUUCCUCCCCGUUCCGUCCUCCCGGCUAAAAGUCUCCGCCUCCAGAGAGAUGUCGGCGGCGACGGAGGUGGCGCCAGUACAGCAGCGGAGCCAUGCGGCGGCGGUGUGGCGGGCGGUGGCGGGGUGGCUCGGCCUGCUCUUCCAGAUCCUGCUCCGGAUCAUCCGCAGCACGCCCUCCUCCUGGGCGCAGCUGCUCUCCUUCGUGGGCCUGCGCCACCCGCUCCUCCCAGUCGCCUCGUCGCCUGAGGUGGCCUUCGUGCAGCUCCCAUCCGAGGCCCCUGCUGACGUGUCGCCUCCGCCGCUCCGGCGGCUCACGGUGGUGCUUGACUUGGAUGAGACUUUAGUUUGCGCGUAUGAGUCUUCGAGCCUUCCUGCUACUGUGCGCACACAGGCUGUUGAAGCAGGAUUGCAUUGCUUUGACAUGGAGUGUGUAUCGUCUGAAAAGGAUCCUGAUGGAAGGCAGAGGAUAAAUCAUGUAACUGUCUUUGAGCGUCCUGGCUUACAUGAAUUUUUGCAGCGAACUAGCGAAUUUGCUGAUCUUGUUCUCUUUACAGCUGGUUUGGAAGGCUAUGCCAAACCUCUAGUUGACAGGAUAGAUGCUCACAACAGAUUCACUCACCGUCUGUAUCGGCCUUCAACUGUUACUACAGAAUACAGAGAGCACGUAAAAGAUCUUUCUUGUUUGUCCAAAGAUUUCCAGAGAAUUGUCCUUGUUGAUAACAACCCAUACAGUUUCUUACUGCAACCAUUGAAUGGAAUACCAUGUAUUACAUUUUCAGCUGGACAACCUGUUGACGAUCAGCUUAUGGGAACGAUAUUUCCGCUCCUCGAGCACCUCGCUCUGCAAAAAGAUGUUAGGCCUGCAUUGUAUGAAACGUUUCACAUGCCAGAGUGGUUCCAAAGACAAGGAAUCCCACAAACUGAACAGGCAGUUUAGGAAUUGCAGCCACCGCAUUGGAUUAUUGAAAGGCUCAAAACCUGCUAUUGUACAGUAGCAUAGAUACACGAAGACCUUGUUCACAUGUUUGAAGGGAGGGAAAGAGAUAAAAAGGAAUUGUAAUUUAGCGCAAUGAUAGAUCUCUAUUUGUGACGUGAAUCUUGUUUUAUGGUUGUAUAGCACUUAUUUCUGUUUUGUAAAACAGUCUGCACCUCAACCAUCGCUUUAUACC